UUUAUGAUUACAUCGAUUCUUUCACAUUCUCCCUUUACCCACCGGCGUUCCCAUCCGCCGCCACCACCACCACCUAUCCCUUUUUCCUCCUCCCUUCUCUCUCUUCACCGGAAAGCUGUAUUACACCUCCUCCAUUCUUUCUCUACACCUACAAAAGAACAGUAGCCUGCACCUAUUUACGGAUUCAGACACCGCCGAUUCAUUCACCACACACUGCCGCAUCAAGAACAAAAAUUUCUUCCCUUAUUUCGCUCACCCCUCAACCUUCACCUAAAUCGUACUGUAGUUGUUUACAUUUUGGUUUCAAUUAAGUUUAGGAGUGUAUUCGGCUUCUUCACCUACUUGGUUUUUCUUAUUUUGGAUAAAUAUGAUGAAUGGGUUUAGGAGCUCGAUGAAACUGGAAUUUAAGCUCCCCUAGCUAAUAUUUUGACCUAGUUUCGCCUCAAUUUUGAUUUCUCGCUAUGAAAUUGUAUUGUCAAAUGAUAUCAAGAGAGAAGGAGUAUGCUCUAAUGAGAGUGAUCAGUGAGAUGGUCCAACAUUCACAAAAAUCGUCCGGUCAGAAGAUUCGCCACUCUAAAGUCAUGAAAAGUUUUACCACCAAGGAAGUAUGGUACUGUAAUCAUUUAAAUGGGCUACUAGGGGAAGAAGAUAAGUUGUGCACAUAAGGUGCUCGAUGAAAUGCCCGAGAGAAACUCAACAUCAAAGGUAUAUGGGGCAUAAAAUAACAGUUAGACCAAAUGCAAAGAAGUUGAGUGCUUUAUUCUUGAAAAGAGAGAAGAUGUCAUGGGGGAGUUUCUCAAGUAAAAAUAACGUUUAUCAAGCACCGAGGUUGAAUUCGAAUUUUUGGGACAGGGGCAAAAUCGUCCAACAAGGAGAAAAACCAUCAAACUUAUGUGUAGAUAAACUCAACAGUAACCAGAACAUUACAAAUUGCACAUUAACAUAUUUUAACACAUCAUCUCGUUACAACAUCUUGAAUUGGGUUUCUUUGCUCGAGAUUUGGUGGGAAUGUUGGAAGAAUUAAAAGAGACUUAUAAAAACUCUAGAAAACGUUGGGUUGUUGUAUAGUAACUAAACCAUGUAUAUGU